GAUGUAUCCUGUUUUGGCUCUAUAUUUGACUCAUCAAAUGCUUGUAUGGAGCCUAUGCCAAGUCAGAUUUGCAUUUGAUUCCAGCCUUAUUUUUUUUUCAAUAAUUUUGGCGGACCAAAACGUUUAACCGAGUCCUCUUUCGACUAAACAGGAAGUGAACUAUGUUCGAAAGCCACCUUCACUGACCUUGCUUGACAAAGGACUGGGUAUAAGGUUUCUAUUUUGAACAAAAUGGCGGACGGACUUUGCUGUCUAUCUGUCGGCUAAGAAAAUUAAGCAUGGCUGGAGUUGAAUAGAGAUUAGCUCAAUGAGCUUACGUGGUAUUUGGGUUUUUUCAGCCCUUUUUGAGUCAGACGGUGUCCUGUUUUCUCGGUAAGUGGAAUGUUUCACGUGCUACCCUCAGAAAAUGUUUCACGAUACAUUCUCAUCGUUUGUGACCGUCCGAGAUACGUAUGUAAUGAGUUAUGCUUUUCGUUUUUUUGUAAACCUUGCUCUUGCUUUUCAAACUUUUGUUGCUAAAAAAAUGAAUUUAUUUUCUGGUGGGCGUGGGUCAAAGGGUACACAGAGUCAUUAAACAAGAACUUUGAACUGAGGAAUUGGAAGGAAGCGUGAACGGACUGUGGACUAUGCAGACCGAGUGAAAUAUGACCUAGGGUGUUAAAAAAAUGUGUCUGUUGAAGAGAAAUUUUCAGUUCCAUACAAUCCAAAGUAGUCCCGUGAGCAUUGCUAAAGAACAGUUAAAUACAUUCGCGACCUCCAAGAGUAACUAGACCAGUGUCUCGUAUUUCCUUACAAUGUCGCUCCUGAAACAAACAUUAUUGUUAUAUACUUAAGGACUCUCAGAAAAACAAAACUAACUGCUUCCCUUGGGACCAUACAUUAAGUGUAUACUGGCAUGAGAAGAGAGGAAAUGAUCCCAAACUUGAGAAGUAUUGAUUGUUGAACAAAUUACCCCAGUCAUUACCAUAUGUAAUUUGUGGCAACCAUUACGGAGAAUGUACAUACUGAUAUUAGAAUUUUUAGGAUUAAGCGGCUAUCUCCCCAUUUAAUUGUCACUUCAGGGUGGGGCCGUUGAUCUGGAAUUGGGUAUAGGCCCUUUUUUCAAAUUUCACCCCUAAUGUGGGAUCUUUUUCUGAGGAGGUAGAAGGGCAGGUUUAUUAGAAUCACCAUAACAGAAAUUUUUGCAUUUUGUAUAAUCUUAAGGUGUUUUCCAACUGUUGAACGACGAGCAGUUCUACAUCAGGGAGCACUUAGUUUAACAUCAAUCCCUGGCGAUAAAGAAUUAUGUGAAGCUGUGCUUAAAGAGCUGGGAUGUAGGAAAAAGCAGGGAACUUCCCCUGAUGAGGUUGUGUCUUCUUAGUUCUGGUUAUUAUCACACUACACCUCAUUUGAUAGCUUAUGUAGAGCAACAACUCAAUUAGUUUGCAUGAAGGUAAAUUUGUGCGGCAGGCACAACCUGGAGUGUCAGACUUAGGCAGAACAUAGGUGAAAAUUGGUGACUGUCAGCAUCAGCAGGUUAUUGUUCACCUUUAUCAUAUUGAUAGCUCUGAUAAAGCAAAGUACUGUUUUCAGCCUCACUGUAGUUCUGUGCAAAAACGAAAGCUGGGAUUUUGUUAAAACUCUAUAUAAAGGAUACUAUAAAUUGUGCAUACAUUUCUUUGGGUGAAAAACCUUAUUGCAAAAUGAAAAAAUAUCUACUAAUUAAACAAAGUUUUCAAAUGAAGUUAAGUAUUUUUAAUUUUGAAUGCCUCUCAGGGAACCCAGAUGUUUAACUAAUUUAAUGUAGAGCAUAAUUACAACAUUAUCUCACUGCUCUCUGAUUUUAUUUAUUUUGAGGGAGGUAAGGAAGGCAUGUGCUUUUUGGAGAGGGGCUCAAUGCCUUGAUUUUCUGAUAACAGUCGUUACAAUAUCGUAUUUUCUCAGUUUGACAAAGAUGUGGAUUUGUGCAACAAGCUUGAACAAAAACCUGCACAUGAAGUCAGAUUGAAGAGUGGUUUAUUAUGGCCAGUUGUUAUAAUUGAAAAGGUAAGGCAGCAUUAACAACAUCAUCAACCUUGUUUUUUCAAAAACUAUUUGGCAAAUCAUUAAGCACAGUUAAGUAUAGUUUGAUGAAGAUUUUUGCUCUCCCAACUUCAUGUCCACAGUUUAUGCUGAGUAUUGUUUUGCAUUCUUUUUUAUUUUAGUUUGGUUUGGUAUUCGUGUGUCUGCCUUUGGUAGAAACUGAUCUUUCACAUGGAAAACCUCCCCUUGUUAAACUGUAAGUCAAUUCUGUCUACUUAACCCCUUUACUCCCAGAUCAAAUUUGUACUUCUCCUUACAGUCAACCAUACAAUUCUUUGAAUGUUACUUCAGAGAAUUUAGUAUUGCAUCAACUAAUUAUCCCCAAAUUGAUAUUUUUUGUUAUUCUCAUCACUUAUCUGAUUGAUAUUGUAUUGAUAUUGUAAGGAGAAAUUCUGUCUUGGACAUUCAUAGGAGUUAAAGUGUUAUUAUAGGCAAAACUUGCUUAUUAUUUGCUCGCCCUAUUAUCAAACGUAAAACUGAAGGAGGAAGAACAUUUACUGUGACUGCCUGUCAAGCCUGGAACAGCUUACCGCGAUCUAUGCGGAAAAUAGCAUUGCUUAAUUCUUUUAGGAACUGUCUUUGGAAAAAAAUUUUUGAAGAACAGCAGCUUUUAAAUCAUUUUAUUCUGUGAUUUAGUUACACUUUUGUACUUUUAAUUGAUUUUAUCUCUUUUCUCUUGUAUUUUUAUUCUUCAUAUUAUCUCAUAGUUAUGCCAUAGUUUUUAACAUCUGUAUUGUACAUAAUUUAAGAGGGCCACUGGUUUGUUAGUAUUUUUAUACUAUUUGAGUGCUACCCUCUUUAAAUUAAGUCUUUACUUACUCACUUACUAUCUUUAAGUUAAAUCAUGAGAAUAAAUAACAGUUAUGUGCCGUUCCUUACCUUGUUGGACAUAGUAUUAUAAUUUAAACAGAGGUUCUUGCGCUUCUUAUAUAUAUUGAUGGUGGUACAUUACUAAUUGGCUGGAAUCAAAAUAUUAUCAAUGCCACUGAUGAAUUCUCCUUUCUUCCACUUAACUUUUGCUACAAGUUUUCCUCCACACCCCUCUCAGGCCAGUAAAAAUUAUUUUUGACAAAAUUUACCCACAUUAGUAUUAAUAAACUGAAGGUAAUUGAUGUCAGAGACAACACCUGACUAUUUUUCCUAAAAUCAGUAUUAAGCAUAUACCACACAGGCAAAUAGUGCUUAGCUUAGUGCUCAGUGUUGAUUGGCUGGUUCAAAGGUGAGCAGCCAAAGAGGCAAGAUCACACAAACAUCCCCAAUUUGAUUUCUGACUCUUUUUUGUUGUAUAUUAACAGAAAGAAAGUAAGAUUGUUUUUUGGUUUCUGUGUAGUAUACACCAAAACAAUUAUUCACCUCGGUUCAGUGUUGGUCAAAGUGGUGGAUAUUUACCUCCACUUUGUUCAGGAAUUGUUAACAAUCCUUGCUGAUUGUUUUUGUUUAUGAUUAUUUGUAUUUUUCUUGUAAUUGCCAUUAUUGCAAUUAGUACUGGUAAUAAUGUGAUUUCAAGUGCAAUUUGGUGCUAAUGGGCACAAGGAAAAUUUUUCAAAGACAACAAAACUACAUGAACCCGUGGAGCAAGUGCAAUUUGCAGGGCGUGAAAUUAAUUUUUUUUUUCUGAUAGCCACUUGGCUCCUAAAUUCUUCAAAGUGGUAGCCAAUUCAAAAGAAGUUGGUUGCCAUUUUCAAAGACAAACAAACCCUUUUUUUUUACGCUGUCAUCGUUCUAGAAAUUAAGUUAGGGAAAAGAUCUUUAAUGUGAUACAAAGUGGACACUAGGAUGGAUGAUAUGCAACGUUCAAGCUCACCCAAAUCCAAGAUGGCGUCUAAUGAUCGAUCUUGAUGCAUGUGCUGCGUUUUGGAAACAAAUUUAUUGAGGAAGUUUGCUGCGGAUUUAUCUUUGCAAAUCUUUUAAAUUUACUAUAUCUCUAGGUAAGGUUAUGAUGAAACAUUCUAGUCACCAAUUUGACGACUAAUUUUCAGGAUUUGGUCGCCAAAGUAAAAAAUUUAGUCGCAUUGGCACCUGUAUUAGGCGCAAUUUCACGCCCUGAUUUGUAGUCUUUGAAAAAUUUACAUAUGCUUAUUAAACCAAAUUGCAAGAGAAAUCAUGUUAUAACUUGUUAACAAUGUACAAGAAAAAACAUCACAGAAAGUCAAGACAGACAAAAUUUUGAAAGUGUGUGAGCCCUUUUUGUAAUUUGCAUUCGUUUUACAACUUUGCACUUGUGUUACAUGCGAAAGCACUUGCUUUCAGCCAACCAGAAGCUUGUAAUUUUUUCGUGCACAUUAUAAUAAUUAUGGUUACAAGCUUAACUAGUAUUGAUAUCUAUUUAAUAUUUAUCUUCAUUUUCAGGCCUGGUGUGUCACUAGGAUACUCCUUACUUCACUCCAUGGUUGACUUCGUUGGAACUUGGACCACCAAAGAGGAGGUACUGAAACACUGCUUUUGUUAUAAAGUGAUACUGCUUUUGAAUUGGAAGAUCUGAUUAUUCAUAAUUCCUUUAGACUUUUCUCAAAAAGGUGAUGCACUGCAAAUCAAUGAGAACAGUUCUGUUUUACAUCAGGGUAAUGCUGUUUAAGUGAUAAAUUUGUCUUUUCACUUUACAUGUUUUUGGGAUAAUAUGUUAGAUUUGAUUACUGUAAGAUGUUAGCAGUCUAUCAGUCACUUUGAUUGCAAGGAGGCAGCAUGGUGGAGUGGUGAGAGUAUCAAACUUACAAUCCAUAUUUCAAGGUCUUGGAUCUUACUCAGACUGCCAGAUGGAUUGAUUUCAUCAUAGUCCUUUUCAACUCCGUGACCACACUUUUUAACAGCUGACUGGAUUUCCUUCAGCCAUGAAGAGUUCUGGAACAUUUCAGGGUUGACAUAGAUUAUUUGAAGGUGGUUAUUUAAGUGGAGUACCGAAAAGCUACAGUGUAGCUGAAGAAGCAAAAGGUCAUUUCCAUCAUUAAAAUAUUAAUGCUGACAAAUUUUUAAACAUUUGGUUUCUGCGUUUUAAGCCCCAAAUGAUUUGUUUAUGUAAAGAUAAUUUAAUUUUUUUCAGCUACAAUCUAAGAUGAAUGAGCUGUGCAAGUUCCUUUGUGUAGCUGCGCCUUUUGGUACUCCAGUUGACACAAAUGUGGCUACAAUUCAGUCACUUGUCAACUUAAAAGAUGUGACUGUACCUCUUAAAAGCAAGGUUUGUAGUUUUGAAGUUAACAUUGUACUUAUUUGGAUAAUGGUAAUGAAAUGCCUAAAUUCUUAAUGGUUUUGUCACACAAUUUUUACUGAAUGCAUAUGUACAAUAACACAACAAGGUGUUUGUAUUAAGAGGGUGGCAGUAAAGCAGAAUGAAAUUGUGAAAUUCCUUUUUGUUGUAACUGUUAGCAACCUGCUUGGAAGCCUGUUCAGUACAAAGGGAAACAGCAACUUGUGUUUACUGUUAAAGAAGAGAUCAGAGCUGUUCAGGUGUGUGACUGUUAAUAGUGAUGACUUCAUUGAGAAUUUGAUAGUUAACCCUUUAACUCCCAGAAGUGAUUAAUAUGUAACGUCUCCUUAUUAUAUCCAUACAUCAUCCUGCAAAAUGGUAAAGAGAAUACUCAAACUUAUCUGGUAGAAGUUUUUAUCUAGAUCUAACAACAAAUUCUUGUCACCAAUCUAAAAGGAAAUGUGUACAGGACGAGGGGAGAAUUAACAGUCAGAUCUUGGGAGGAAAAGGCUUAAACUUAAGAGUGUGUUUCCAUAACCAACCAUCUUAACUUUGAGCAGUAUUUGAAGUUUUAUUCAGUAAGGGUGAAGUUCAAUCUUUACCAAAAAGCUCUCUGUGGUCACAAUUUUCCAAAUUUUGAAAUUUGAAAAUUCCGACUAAGCUAAAGAUAUCACAUAAACAGGCUUGGCUAAUUAACCUCUUGGACUCCAUAUUUAUUCUCUAAGCCACAAGUUAUGGAGAGUUUCAUUGUCAUACAAUGAAUAUAGCAGUAGCAGUAGUCCUGUGUGAUUUGAAUGAGAUUUCAUGAAAUUGUGUCGCAUAGGAGGAUUUACUUAGUUGAAAGGGAGCCAGAAAGGUUACUUGCCCACUUAGGAAGUAAACUUACUCUAGGGAACUAAAUGUUUGAUUUAUCCUUAUUCAGAAGUUGUCCACUCUGAAGCUAUAGUAACUGGAUGCUGCCAAUCAAAUUGCAAGUUAAUAAAGCUUUUUUUUACUGUUUUUUUUUUUUUUUUCAUGUCAGCAUGUGAAAAAAGAGGUACAAGAUGAGAGGCAACUGUUUGGGAUCAUUUUAUGCAGGGUAAGUAAAAAGUUUGUGGUUAUUCAUCAUGGAUAUUUUGCCAUUAAGGAAGAGACUACAACAUUAGGUAGUAACUCAUUACUACUAUAAGACUUGAGUAAAUAAUUGGUUUGUGUUCCAGAUGUAUACACAUCCAUGACUGGAUGAUAUAAAGACUUUUCAACAAUAAUAGCAUACUUUUUAUUAAGCUAUCUUACUUAAACUUUUACCCAGGUGAUCAUAACUACACAAGUUACACAACUAUUACUCAUGAAUGAUAGGGAAAAUUUACAGUAUUGAUAAUGCAGACAACAUUUGAUUGUUUUGGUAAAAACAAUAUUUAUUUAGUAUGUCUCUUAAUGAAACUGAGAAUUCAACCUUCAAAUGAUCAUGUGGCCAGCAACCAAUUACCCUUAAAUUGAUUAACAGUAAAAAGACCCCUUUUCCUUCUGUUGGGUAAAUGUUAAGACCCACACUAAGACCAUUGUCUGAUGACUCUUUUUACCAGGCUGACUUGGAGGGUAUCCCAGAAAUCACACUGAACAUCACCUCUUCCACCCUGGAUUUUCUUGUGGUCCACCCCUGUGUGCUUGAAGGAGAUACUCAUGUCCAGAUCCCCUCCUUUCAACCAUCCCAGAUGCUCAAAGGGCCUGAGUUGGUAGGUAGGAAAGUAAGAUUCAGGCCUCCGACAGAAUCAUUCCCUCUGUGUCACUAUUCUGCCAAGACUCCACAUGGCUUGCCAGUCCAAGGGAUAUACCAGAUGCAGGUAAAGGGUGCUUCCUUGCAUAGUAUAGGAUUUCCAUCAGAGGAGACAAGUGAAAGGGGUUACAAAUGAUGGUUAUGUAUGGCUCAUUGCCUACUGUACCUCCCACUUAAGUGCCCGCUGCUUUUUUGCUCAUUUCUAGCAGAGAAUGAACCUUUAUCACUGGCCUUUUUUACAUACAUAAUGAGGUAACCUGUUAAAAAGACAACAACCACUAGAUUUUUGUAUGACUAUGAUAUGCCAUUUAAGAGUUUCAAUUGGCUCAGCUAUCAUGGUGCAUGAGCUGUUAAACUAUGCUGGAAGGAAAGAAAUUUAUAUAUAAUCCUAAGUUUGUUUUUGUUGUUGCUGUCACAACAAUAAGAUUUGUCAAUUCUUCAUAUUUUUCCCAUGAUUAACACCAUUUAUAAGUAAUCUGACUUAUGUUGGAUGUGAGCUGUGGAUAGGCCAUGCAUGUUCAAUGCAGUAUAUGUAUCAGAGAGUUAUUGUAGUAUUUUUUAAUAGUAAAGUGAAACUGGCAAACAAAGAUAUAAGAAUUCAACAGAAAUCCUGCCUUGAUCUUACGUUAGGGUGAUGCAAACUCUGUGCAGGUUUCAGUCCAGUUAAGACUCAGCAACAAAGUCAAGAACUCAUUUGAAUAUUGUGAAGUUCAUCUUCCCUUCUUUCACAGGUUAGUUACUUUGUGCCUCUGUUCUGCUCCAUGAUGGAACUUUAAUAAGUUAUCUAGUUACAUGGGACACCAAACGGCACUUUUAUUAACUCAUUUUGGUCUGGAAUUUUUAUUUUUCUGAUCCAAAAAAAAAAAAAAAGCUCAUGACUCAAUGCACUUCUUGGAACUUGAGAUUAAGACUUAAAAAGGUCUCUUUUUGUUAUCAUACAAGAACUUUUGUAAGGCUUGACAUGGACGAGAGGACGAUGAAAUAUUGUAAGGGUUUUCAGAUGGACGCCAUAUACUUACGAUUCUCGGAAUGUCCCUUUCCCCUCCCCCAAAAAAAAAAAAAAAAAAAAAAAAAAAAAAGGAAAGUUCUUGGUACCGCACUAGGCUGUUCAUAUCAUUUAAUGUAAGUGCCUUUUACGUUUUUCAGGGGUCCCGUUGUAAGAGUGGAUUCUGCUGGUCCAUCAACUGGCAACAUUUUGCUGUCUCCUGAUAAAAGACGCCUUGUUUGGGAUGUAGGUCAGUGUAUCAAUAAUUUUCGUAUUUACUUAUUUGUUAGGUUUUAUUCGCAAGGUAUUGCAGAGACUAUACCACCAGAGAUUUUACCAAAAAAGAAAAGCGCUCAUAUUCGAAGGGGAAAACACUGUAUACGAGGCUGACUCGCACGAAAAUUCAUGCUAGAUCCACACGGAACCCACGCACGCACGCUUCGCCCGCCAGUUUUAAUUUCACGAGCUCUACCGCUGGUGGGGUAGCGCUAAUGAGAGCUUGCUUGCAGACCCAAGUGUUUUGACCCAGAACACAACGCAGUGACUCUAUUCGGGGCUCGAACGCGAACGUUGCUGUACGGUUUCCAGCAUCUUAUACAUUGUAUUUGUAGGUCAGAAGUUUCCGUCCAAAUCCCUUGAAGUCUCCCUGAGUGCCACUAUAUUUUUCGGUGAGAAGAGGCAACAACAGGUGACGGCAGACGGUCUGCAGCCUACCUUUGUAGAGGAUCCUUUCUGUACUGGAAUCAACUCCUAUGCGCAGGUGAGUAACAAUUUUUUUGAAGGUACACGAAAACGACAAUACCUUACAAGCUUUCUUGGAAGAGAUGAGGUGUUGGGAAAAGUAAAGACCAGAUAUAAGACUGAUAGAAAAGCCUGCGCCAACUACGUCACCAGUGAGGCCAAUCACGCACCAAUCAUGAUGUGGUCAUUCGCGUUUUCCCCUUUUACUUGGGUGUUUUUCCGAGGUCUAUUUUGGUACACAUGUCAUGAAGGUUCUUGUGGAGAUUCAAUGAAGACGCCUCCAUUUAUUAUUAAAGUCCUCUCAUUAACGAUCGUGUUCAUCCUAUUCGGUGUCUGACGCUAUUCAAAAACAUUAUGGGCUUGAGAUUUCUGUCGCGCUAACAGCUGAUGAGGGCGAAGCACAAAUCAAUUGUCACCCAAAGAAAUUGAGAGCGAAUGAUCCAAUUGUUUUAAAAUGAAUCUUCUAGUCAUUCGAAACUCAACAAGACGGGUACGUUUUUAUUUUAUUCUGUUUACGAGCGCACUCAGUUGGGCGAUACCCUUAACUUGCAAUCUAUGACGGAAUAGAUAGCGAAUAGUGUAUAGUUAACCCAUUAACCCCUAAGAGUGACUAGCAUCUAAUUUCUCCUUACAAAAUCACUACUGAAUCACACAUUAAUGUCAUGAGAGUAAAGGAAAUGAUCACCAACUAAAGAAACUCUUGAUGAUUAGACAAAUUCUCCUCAUCAGCACCUUAGUAAACGUAUAGAGAACAGUAUGGAGAAUAUGGAUACUCAUGUUAGGGUGUAAAGGGUUAAUCAGGUUGUAGCAUUUGUGAUGGAACAUCAUAAAAUUUCUACCUAAAGUCGAUAGCCAUUCUUUUUUUUUUUUUUUUUUUUUCCCAAACAGGUCUAUUUCAAGAUACAAGACUUCACUUUCUCAGGAUGUGCCAUAGAUACCAGGUCACUGGCAGUUUAUCCCGUAGGGAAAUUCAAAUUGAAUAUCUGUAAGUAUCAAUGUUGCUCUCUUGGUGACACUCUGACCUGUUGACAUGUUCUCAGGAUAGAGAACAAAAUUUAUAUUUUUAAAAAUCUCCUAUUUCCGUGGCAGUGGAAUUUGUGAAAGCGGCACGCUCAUGACGAGACGAAAAAAACAUCUUUCUCAAGUUUAUCUGUGAGCCUCGGGGACUCGACCCAGUUUUCCUGGCUCACCCCUGAACUCAAUCAACAUGAGUCGCGCAUUAAUUUCCUCGUUGGGUACGUUUCUUUCUUUCUUUCUUUCUUUUUUUUUGUAGCAUACGAGUUCUUAUCGGCAGACUACAAGAUAUGGAACACCAAUGGUGAAGCCUUGUUCGCAUUCCCUCCUCCAAAAGCAGAGUCACUGUGAUGAGAACGCGCAAGGCAUUUUUGAACAAAGAUUUUGUAUAAAUAAUAAUUUAUUUCAUACUUCUACAUUCUGUGUAAACUUUCGACUAACAAUUAUGUGACUGGUCAGAGGCUUUUUAAGGUACAACAUAAAACUGUAACACGACGACAAUCGAAACUACUAAAAAGAAGGUCGUUUCAUUCAUAUUUGCCAGUACAUCAAACAACUUUCACACGAAGUUUCGCGUUUGGAAAAGUCAUUGUCAUUUAGAGUUAGUAUGAACGAACAACAUUGAUGAUAACAACAACAAAAACAUCGACAAUAGCAGUAAUGAUAAUUAUAGAAACAACAAUACUAAUAAUUGACUCGACUGUAAGAGGAAAACGGAAG